CUGGUGCUGCUGCCACGAUCCGGGCCUUGCUCCCCCUCGUGACUUUUCCUCCACCCUUCCUUCACCCAUCGUCCGUUUCCUGCCCCCCCAGCUCCCCCAGCUCCCCCUCCUUGCCCUCCUCCCCCCGCCCCUUCCUUUCGGGGCCCUGUAUCUGUCUGCUCCUUUGAAUUUCGAGCUACCACGCAGGCACCUGCUGCAACUUGCAGGCUGCGAGUUGCGCCCGAGUGUCCGAAUUCUCGGACUCUGAUCCGGCUCCAAGUCUCUCGCCUUCUUCGUUGGGGCGCCCCCCUUCGCUUGCUCCGCGAGUCCUCGCAAGGCUGCUCAAUGUUUGACUUCGGCAGGACUCGGGCGCCUUGCGGGCAGAUUUGAUCUCCAGCUCGUCCAUCCAUCCGUCCGAGCAGCGACGCUGGGCGCGUUGAAGUCUCUUCGUGCAAAACUGAGGAGGAAUCAUCUUUUCGAGACUUCAAGAGUUGCUCAAUCGUUGUGAGCAUCGAUAUGAUUUUGACAUCAGAGAUUUCAUGUGGCUGAGAAAAAUCCUCAUUCCGAGGGAGGGAGGGAGGGACUGACUGACUGACUGACUGAGAGGUGUAUAAGCGUCGGGUGCUUAGACGGGGCCACUUUCUGAAGGGGCCGAAGGAAGUAAUUAAUGUAGGCUCGUCGUGGACACGAUGGACGUGCAAUCUUUGGGCAAGGCACACGUUUGGAAACAUUCAGGAAUCCCAGCUAGAAGCAAUUCGAUUCUGCGCAGGGAUUUCUCCGAAACUCUGGAGAUCAGGGCUUUGAACUUCUCGGGCUGGGUUCGAAAUCCCGGUGGUGCAGGAAGCUUUUCUUACUCUGUGUUGAGAUCGUCCUACCGCUGGAGAUCUACUCACGGGAAUUGGCCAUCACCUCACUUCAGAAUAUGCGUCCAGAAGCUCAAUAGCAGAAAGAAAAAGGCAAUAGUUAGCAACUGGACGGAACCCGAAGAUGAUCCUUCGGAUUUCGAGCUUCAGCCUCGUGGAGGCCCAUAUUCCAACGGGCUUUCGAAUGGAUAUGGGGACGAAGCUGAGACAGGUACACCGCACAAGUAUUCUCAAUCGUGGACGUGGAAUGUUAUGGAACUUAUCGAUAGGGCUGCUGACUACGCGGAUGAGCAGAAGGAGAUUGGGAUGAGGAAACGGCGAGCUUUCUACAAGGCAGACGACUGGAUUAGACACCGGAGCUCGAAACGACACGUCAGGCACUUUUUAUCCAGCUUCUCGUCCCGAGUGAUUAUUUCCCUGAUUCCGCCCGUGUCCACGGUGACGUUGAUAGCUACAAUAAUUGCUAUGUAUAACAGUGCGGUGGAGGAUCACUUGCUACCAUCUUUUUGCUUCCUCUUACACACCUCGUCCCUCCCGUACCAACUCACUGCUUCUGCUCUGGCCCUACUUCUCGUCUUUCGCACGGAGGCUUCCUAUUCUCGCUAUGAUGAAGGGAGGAAAACUUGGACCAAAGUUUUUGCCUGCACCAAGGACUUUGCCAGGCAGACCAUGUCAUGGAUUCAGCAUCCACAGGAUAGUUACCGGAGAUUGGAUCUGCUGCAUUAUAUCAUGUCCUUUCCAGUUGCACUCAAGUGCCAUUUGCUUGACGGUUCAGAUAUUGAAGAGGACUUGAAACUACUACUCGACGAAGAAGAUCUGGCUCUCGUUCUGAGCUCUGAUCAUCGUCCCAACUGUCUCAUCCAGCUUAUGACGCAGAGUAUGGGACUUGUAAACCUUAGUGAUAAUCAAAAAUCUCUUAUGGAUGCCAAUAUCACUCAGUUUAACGAGAGUGUAAGUGUGUGUGAGCGGAUAGUCCGCACUCCUAUUCCCCUGUCAUAUACUAGACUCACUUCGAGAGCUUUAGUGCUUUGGCACUUGACUCUUCCAGUUGUUUUGUGGGACGACUGCGGGUGGAUGGUCAUCUUCGCAACCUUCUUCAGCGCGUGUACCUUGUUCUGCAUCGAGGAGGUGGGAGUGCUAAUCGAGGAGCCCUUCCCAGUUCUGUCAUUAGACAAAAUGUGUGCCGUGGCACACGAAAAUGUACAAGAGUUUGUGGAGCUUCAGGAAGUUACAAAUGAUUACUUGGUAAACAAGGAGAAGAUGAUGAGAGGAAUGGUAUCCAUGGGACCUGCAAGAGUAGGGACGAACGGCUCAGUUCCAGGUAAGUGAGAGAACUUGUAUAGAUAUAGUGUUCCUAGAGUCUAAAGCCUAUCCAGGAACCAGCGCACCAAGCAUGAAGCAUGAAGCAGUGGCAGUAGCGGAGAUGUGCGGAUGACGUUCGUUACAAGCCAUUAACAAAGUGCACUCCAUAUAUUAUAAUCAAUGUAAAGUGGUCAUGCCUCGGGCCCUAACAUCUCCUAGUUCGGACAUGUGAAGAAAGCUCGCGCUGCAUCAGCCCCGUGAACAUCAUGUCUUUGGAGAGGUCGAAGCAUAACUUUGUGAGCUCUGUGGUUUCACUCUUUUCUGCCGCGUGCAGCACGAGGAGAUUGCAGGAGUGAAUUUUACACUUGAGCUUGUGAGGCCUUUCGGGUCCGUUGCAGCUUACCUGAGUACGGCAUUUUGAAAGAACAGUAAAACUGAGCCGAUAGACCGUGAGAGAAGUAGGUUUUAGAUAUGUAAAUAGUAUGAGAACAUCUAGUGAUCUGGAUGCUAUGGAGUGAGGAAGUUUUGACAGAUUUUGAGCGCCAGAGUAGGAGGGUAACUGGAGGCCGAGUCGUGUGUUCUGGGUGUUUGGCACACUUCUGCCCGUUGUUGGUAGUCGACUCUGAAGGUGUAUGAUGAUCGUGGAUAAUGAUAGAAUGACCCAAAUGAAAGAUACAUUAGUUUCUCACCAGGUAUUGUUAACUGAGGAAAAAAUGUUGCAGAAUUUAUUGCGAGC